AACAUUUGUUGUCAGUUUGCCGGUGCAUUUCGGCCUGCAUGCCGGCAUACUGUGUGAUUAACCGCGCUUUACGUGGUGUACGUGUGCCGUACGCUUGGAGCUUUAGAUUAUUUGUACGAUGGCCACUGCCAAUGAAGUUCUUUUGGGUUGCCCGAUGAAGAAUCAACCCCAAUUUCCUGACACGCAAAACGAAGGAGUUUGUCUCGCAACCGAACGGAUUAAAUCUACCUCCUCUUCCACUAAUACGAUUACUACUACCUUGUCGUCAGCCGCUGAUACUGUGGCCACCGAUGCUGCUCCACCAAUCGGGAAUAACUCAGCAAAAUACUGCUGUAUCGAUGUGAACUGUUGUUUCAACAGAACGCAAAAAUGCGUUUGCACUUGGACAUGCGUUACGGGUAGCGUCAUGCUAUGUGUCCUCUUUUUUGCUGGCUGGCUCUAUUUUAUGGUAUACGUUUUUUCUGCGUUACUCGAACAGACAACAAAAAAAUGACAUCAAAGCAUUCCGUAAUGGCUAAAUGGCGGUGAGAUGUACGAGCAGGGUACACUAACAAAAACCGAUUGCUGCUUGCGUUGGAAAAAGCACCAUGGAAUAUGGCCAUACGCAUCCAUGGUAACCAAGGUUCGCAUCCACACGCAAUAGAUCCUAGUGUGCCGUUAAUGGUUUCCUUUACUGAGUUACGAUAUGCCGGAAGAUUUGGAUAUCCAUCUCUAUCGAGUGGCAUGUACCUUGAAGGUCGCUCAACUGGGCAUAUUGACCAGUUGCCGAAUGAAAUUGAUCUCUCUUCCUAUAUUGAAGUACAAUAAACAAAGGAACGGCGAGAGUAUUGGCACGUCCUUCACCAGCAUCUAUACCAUCAGCGCCCUCAGCGCCUCUGGAUUCGGAGUGACGACCGUACCAAGAAUGUCCGCAGAAUCACUCCAAAAAAACGUCUCCAGCACCGUCACCAGAACACACGGUAAAAUCACUUCAAGGAAACACGGUGUACAAUAAAUUCAUCUCCGAGCUAUGAGCACCGCACUCUG